CGCCAAGCCAUGCGUUCCACGUCGCUGCUGCCGCUGCUCGCGCUCGCCGCCGCCGUCGCCGGCUCCGCCAUCCCCAUGUGGGAGUACCUCAACAGGGGCGAAAAGAUGAACCUGUUGUACAAUAUGCUGACCAUGAAAGUGAAAGAGUACUGCGAAACAACAAAAAUGCCAGACUGCAACACCAAAAUGCUUAUCCAUGGCUACAAGAAUUUAGCUAAAAUGGAAGACUCCAGUUUAAACAGGAUGGACCCAUACCAACGUGGAGCCUCGGAUCUCAUUUGGGGCACAAUGAUGAAGGGCGGUGUUGACAGCCACGGCGAAACGGCUUCGCAUCCAGCAGCCUACCACUCAGAGCACAACGAAAGUGAUGAUGGAAACAUAGGUUCCCAAGGAGCUGCCUCAACUAAUGUUCAUCAGUAUCUGCCCACUGAAUCACAGGGAUACCUCAUGGGUCCAAUGGUCAUGAAACUGCUGCCUGAUGGGAAUCCAGUUCCAGGUGAGCAGCAGUUUCCCAUAGUGAGGGAUGAAGAUGCUGAGGAAAUGAAGCUCAUGCAGUAUCAGUACUCACCUCCACCAGAAGACAUACUGAAAAAAUCUUCAUAAUCAUCAGUCCAACAAUAAAAGUGAUUUCAUUGUUUUAUAAAAAGAGCUAGACAGUGAAGUCACAGUUCCACACAAAAGCCAGGACACUGUUAUUUUAGUUUCACAGAAAACUAUAAUUAGUGAUGCAGCACUACUCUAAAAAUGAGCUGAGCUAUAAGAAACCUGUUACAAUAAACGUUUUGGCAUUAUUACAUAAAUUACCCAAGAAAAGUGUGAAAGAAAUAGCUAAAGGUAGUUUAUAUUUGUGUUUACAUCUUUUAUUUUAUUUACAUUACUGACCUGGCCAUACUUAUCCACAAUUAUCAGCAAUACACAGUACAGGUUUUAAUCUAACAGACACAAAAUUUGUUAUACCUUAUCACUGUUUGAGGUGCAAGGAACAUGAACUGUAUUGGUAAGAUGAAACUAUGGGCUGGACUAUGACACAGAUCGGUUCUCUGCUUUUUGUUGGGAUUA